GAUGAGGUGAGCAAGGCAAGGCACUCUGUCCGUGUGUCCCUCUACGACAGCCUCUACCGACAAUUCAUCGGGAGGACAUGGUGCAGCGCCGAGGUUGCCCGCGGCGACGGCCAAUCACCAAGACUCGUCUACAACCAGAAUGUCUACUUCCACACGUCGCUCAAGGACGAGCACAUUCUUCUCAUCGUCGAGAUUGUCUCCAGCACUGGCCCACCAGGGGGCGCCGGCAGGCCUGUCACGAACGGCUGGGGCAUGUUCCGCCUGUUCAACUACCAGGGAGAUGUGUUGGACGCGGCAAGUCGCGACAGCUCGCCGCAACAGAGGCACCGUGAACAAGUCUCACAGGUCAAGAGAGCAAGGUACCAUCGGAGGUACCUGACCUCUCAGCCUAAGUGGUUUCUGCACGUUGUCGUAGAUGCCCUGCUGAAGCCCCGGCUGAUGAGGAAGACCUCGUGCAUCAUCGAGAAGCUGAGCAUCACGCUGUAUCCUUCCGUCGCCGAGUUCGAGGAGCGUCUGAUAUUGCACAUCAACGACGAUCGGCAGAAUCGUGCAAACACGCCGACAGAUGGCAGCACCAUCACCAUCAGCGAGCGUCGACUGAAGGUUGGUGUGCACAACGGCUGGUGCUACGUGGAUGAACCGCAGAUACUGCACUUGUUACCUGAUAGCCAGUUGUCUCGGCGAGGCAGCGUGAGACAGGCGAGUCUGAGACAUCACAACCGCAGCUUCAGCAACGGCUCAGGUGGAGCUGGUGGCUCUUCACUCGUUCUGCGCAGCAAGCUGCAGGUUAAAGAUCUUGCCGAACAUCCAAUGUUUGCUGUCGUCAUCACCCUCGAGUACAUCCUUUCGUUUCCGCUGAAUCCGGAAAACCAGAAGAGAAGUGAGAGGUUAGGCCGCGUGAGACUGGGAGGCAAGAAGGUCGAGAGGCUAGUGGUGAGACUGAAGGGUGAGGAUCUAAAGAGAAGGUGGGAGUCAUGGAGUCGUAUUGCAAGUGACAGACGUCUGAUACCACCUGAACUAGACAUGUCUCAGUCGGCCGUAUCAUUUGCUCUGCCACCACGCUCGCCGGUCCGGCACCCAGGUAUGCAUCUUGAUCCGUCCACCCCGCUCCGACCCGGUGGCACGCCCGCCGCGGGAUCCCACAUGCAGCCAUUCACGUCGACUCCCUACCACGCCGCGACCGACAGACAGAGGCAUGUUGUUCCCAUGGAGAUCCAGCACGUGACAGAGUCCAGCACUAUGCAGCAAGAUGCGGCCAUGUCACGUGACAUCACAGAGUUGCCCUUCACUCCUGUUCACGCUCCGAUACUUGUCACAGGUCCCACGUCUGGCAGGAGCUACGGGUUAUCUCGAGCCGCCUACGCGCGCCUCUACUCUGCCGGCUUCCCCUCCUUACUGGACAUCAAGGGGGAAGCACCCGAGGUCAUUGACCCGACCGAGGUCAUGACCUUUGACCCGAGGAAGGAGGCGGGCGACCUGCUACAGUGCAACGAGAUUGUGCUGCAGUUUCUAGCGUAUUCCAGGAUGGUGACGCCACCGCAUGUGGGUGCCAGGCAGCAUGGUGCCGUGUUCUUCACAUUCCAGUUCUACAGGUUCCCACAGCUUACUACAGAAAGGUUACUGCUGGGCGGUCCGGAGGUUGAGUUGUCGGCCGAUCCAAAGUCGAUGCCCUGUAUCCUACAACGCCUCGACCGAGACGGCUCCAUGCUGAAGGGUCCGCCCGGAUACCAGGUCAAGUACGUCGUUGACCCGCGCUACAUGAAGCCUGGGGAAUCGGCGUUAUUCGUGCGCCACUUAGCCAUGCAAACGCUACAUAUUGACGUCUGGGACGGUGAUUCGCUGCUUCUCAUUGGCUCUUGUGCGGUUGAGUUGAAGCAUCUCUGCAGGCAGGGCCGCGUCGCCGCGCAGGUGUCGCACGAGCUCGACGUCGUGACGACGGAGCACGCCGAGGAUGCUGACGACCCGCGGGGCUUCACGAUGACUCGCGGCGGAGGCGGCGUGCAUCCGCUCGGCUCCCACACAGCGCUGCGCGGUCGCCUGCAUCUUCGGCUUGCCAACAUCGGACACACCGUUGACACCCGCACCCUCGCCAUGGGUGACAUUAACUAUGUACAGCAACGCAUAAUCUCCUCAGAAACACCAACUAAGCAUGCGACCAUCAUGGGAACCGAGAAUUCGAUUGGUAAGAAAGCGAGAGUGUCGCAGGCACGUUCACUUGUUCGCGUCGACCGCGAGCUGGCAACGGCGCUGGCGCAGCGGAGAGACCCGGGUGCAGUGCUGAAGGAGGUGAACAACGAGGGAGAAGCCGAGCGACAGAGGAAGCUCACGCGCAUGACGGUGGUCCGACAGAUGGAGGGAGGGGAGCAACCGCACCCAAGUCUGGUGGCGCGCCAUGAGAAGGUAGAGCGGUCGCGAGACCUGCACACCGUCGCCCUCUACCGGCAGCGCACGAAACAAGCGGGCAUCCUCGGCAUGCUGGCGGCGUCGAUCACCGUCAAGUACGCCCUCUAUCCAUCGCUGGGUAGUGUUGAAUUCUUUGAGUUCAUGUUGCGGAACCCGUACAAUGUCGAACAAACGAUCUCGAUCGAGUGUGAUGACGAAAACCUCAGCGUUAUUACGGACACGCGUGAGUGGCGUCACUACAAACAGUUGUUCGACGUUCACUCGCCGAUAGAAGAAAACAUGUUCAACACUGCCGCCGGUAACCCGCGCUGCACGCACGUCUUCCUGCGACCCAAAGAGACGGUCUGCAUCCCUUUCAAGUACCUGAGUCUCCACGCCGACCACUCGGUGCAGCCGCAGGGCCCCGUCGACUCGUUCCGGCCGAGGUUUGCGGGCGACGCACGACAAAAGAACGUGCAGAAUUCCUCGGUCGCGAAGCUUCGCUCGGCUGUUUACAGGUUUGUCAACGUCGUGGACGUGGAGCUUCAUCAGCUGCUGCGGUCGUGGCUCGUCUGUCUGUCCUGCCGACCACCUGUCAUCUCCAAGGUGUUCGAGCUACAGCUUCCUGUAGGUGGAGGACACGGCUCCAACAAGGUGGCAUGCGGGGCAUCACCACAGGUUCGGCGAUUUUUUGUCUGCAUAUACGCAGACGCGUACACAGCACGGCCGCUGCAGACAUGGCAGCUAUACGUGCAUGCGCUGCAACGUGUUGACGUGUCCUGCGUCGAGGGCCAAACAAGCCGCUUUUCUCUCGUCGUGCGGGGCACGCAGGCUCCGAGGCUAGUGUGUGCAUACUCAUCUCACUGUGACGAGAUGCAGCUGCAGCCAGACAAGCCCUUCAUGCUGGCAGCUAACACAGUGCAAGAGAUUCACGUGGGAGUGAGGCCGCUAGACACAGGCACCCGCUUCCUUUUUCAGGACACCAGGAAGAUCGCCUACACGAACCCGUACGCGGAGCGGCGUGCGUUUCACCUGCUGACGAGCCGCAGUGACCUGCUACAGUUCCGUGAGACACGCUUCGAGCUCACGGCUGGAGAGACGCGCGCUCUCGGCCUGCACUUCCUGCCCGCGCCAUCACCAGGGGGCGCCGACGUGCUCGUCUUUGUCAACGACGAUGCCGACAACAACGAGGAGACGUUCAGCGUGCGCGUCACCUACGCGUGAUACCAGGGGGCGCUCCAGACGGAUGAUAUGAGCAUCUCUCGCCUAAAUUUGCGGAAAAGAGGGGCGGCGUGGCGCGUGCAUGGGGGGAUAUGUCAUGUUACCUGGGUGGCUGUAGUACUGGUGUCAGCGUGCAAUACCUGUGCAUCUCUCGUCUAAAUUUGUCAAAAAGAGGGGCGGCGUGGCGCAUGCGUGGGGGACAUGUGAUCGUGCUUGUUACGUGGGUGGGUGUAGUACCAGUGUCAGCGUACAGUACCCGUGGUAACUGCCACACUCGUGCAAUGCAACUAGACUCAACUCAAGAACAGAGAAAGAUAAGCUAAUAGAAGAGCAGCUAGAGUACUCAACGCGAAUCUCAAACCGAACCCGGCGAGGGGAUCACACGUUGCCGUGGCGACGAUCGAGUGUCCGAACCAACAAUCACCUCCAGUAACUUCCACUGAGCGGAACCUGUAAUAAUGGUACCGAGGAGCAGCCCCUCUCUACUUACAGCUAUGCUGUGCCUUACGUGGACCGUUUAAGUUGACUACGUCACGAAUUUUCUGGUGUAUAUUUUUAAAAAUGUUGUUGCCAUUUUUUUACAUUAAAAGUAAGUA